GCUCCGGUGCGCCUCGUGUAUUUUCUUUGCGCUCAUCUCGUUGAUUUUUACGGCAGAUGAAAGCUGGUAUCACAACAUCAGAGCUCGCUGCGGGCGCACGGAAAGUUCACCUCCAAGUCUUGUGUGUGCGUGCGUGUGUAAAUUCACGCUCCUGUGCGCUCAGACAGUCUCUCUAAUGGACUGACCCCCCAGCACGCUGGUUAAAGGGAAGACAAGAGAGCUGAGUCAACGAAUCACAAGGAGAAGGAUGCAACAGUUGAUGUGCGCAAGUUGCACAGUUUUCUUGUGUUUGGAGACGGCGUGCACACUCGGAGGAUGGUGGCUUUGAUCUGUGUGGAGCAAGGAUCGGAUGUUUUGUUACUUUAAAACUGCUUCAUUUGUCAGAUCAACCGAAAAUUGAACAGAAAGGUGUUCCCGUCUAGCAGUGGGUGUUAGUUACAGGCUGUCCACUUGCGCGGCUUUCUAACCAAAAUGGACAUUUGGACAGAAAUGCAUUUGGAGGGACUUCAUGCUCUGCUGGAAUGGCGUUGAAGUGCGGAUUUCGGAUGGUCUGCGGCGGUGAGUAGCAGUGCAGUCUGCACCAACAUGCAUCGGAUUCUGCAGAGGAGGCGAGUGCGCAAGCUGCGGGUCGUCUGGGCUUCUCUGGCACUGGUGGCUCUGUCUCUGGCCGCAUGCAGCGCGCUGUUUACGGCGUGGACAUGGCGACAGACGCGCGACCUGUCUCAGUCCUUUAAGAUCUUGCAGGACCGACUGGAGCAGGUCAAUACACAGAGGAAGGCCAUUGUUCAGCUCAUUCUGGAGAAGAGAGAGCUGCUGGUGGGGCAGAGAGUGAAAAGAGAUGGGGGGACGCUUCGAGGGAGGAAUGGAAAUGGAAAGAAAGCAGCGUCUCAUUUUGAGAUAACCAAAGUCUCUUCCCAGCAAGUGGGAGAAGGUGGUGUGAUUAAGGGCUGGGAAGAGAGGACGUUGAAUAUGAGUAAAGCAGUGAGGUACAACAAGGAGCAAGGCACCUUCACUGUGGAGAAAGCGGGCGUCUACUUCCUGUUUUGCCAGGUGUUGUUCAACGAUCAGCAGACUCAGUAUGUGAAGCUGGAUGUUGUGACCACGGGCCCGAGGCCUCAGAAGCUGCAGUGCAUAGAGGGCUAUGCGACGACCCCCUCCGCCGGGCCGCACUCUUUCCACUUUGUGAAGUCGUGCCAGGUGUCCGGCCUUCUGCGACUGGAUAGAGGCACGGAGCUCCAGGCCGUCACAGGCUCGUCCUUCAGACUCCACACUGUGGGCAGUCCCUCCGCCUCGCCUCACGUCUUCAGCAUCUUUAAAGUCAACUGAAGCACGGCGCUCAUCUGAUCUGGGUUGGAAACCUUUUAAAAGUACAUAAAGUCAUCUGAGAACACCAGAACUUGUUUUUGUAUGGAUCGGAUAUUUUUUUUUCUAUGUGGUAAAACAGUCAUGAGCAGUUGAGGGCAUCACAUCCUGCUACAGCCGCUUCCCAAAGACGUUAAUUUGAAAGACAAACCUGACAUUUGUGGAAGUUGUUGUGGAAAUUUUCGCUGGACAGUGGUGCUGUUUUGGAACACAAAACACAGAUUUUGGAUUAAAACCGAGACCCAAAGUGGACAAAAGGCCUCAAUGAAUGUCUGCCGGGAAAACAGAUGUGAUGGAAGCUGUUCUGUAGAUAAAGAGCUUCAUAUAAAAAAAGAUAAAAUACUUGGAUGUUCAUCUUAGCCUUCGUAUCAUGUAAUAAACUGUGCUUACGCUGUCUUUAUAAGACUGACAGUAAAGCUGUGCAUGCACCUUUCACUUUUAUAUCACCGGUUGCCUCAAGAAGCUGAGAGCACAUCUGCAAGCAUCAGAUCUCGACACUAUAAAAGCCUACAUGGGUUGUCAUUGAUAUUUUAUACCAUACAGCGUCUGCGUGUGUGAAAUCUGAUGGAUCAAACAGUUCUUGUUCAAACUGAUGUUAUGAUCUUUAAAAUACAAUGUGCUGUUUUUAAUGCCUUUUUACAUACUUUGUACAUAUGUCACACACAUUUUACAUAUGUGCAUAUCGAUUUAGGAACUGGCAAAGAAAGUGGAACAUUUUAAAUGACAUGGAUGUGAAUUUGUGCUGUUUUCUAAGGUCAAAUUUGAUUGUAAGGUAUUAUUAUGUGUUGUAUACUUGGCUUUACUUUUGAAAAGUAUGUGCAAGUUAUAGAAGCAUACAGCUCUAAAUAUAGCUUUAUCUGUUUGACACAACAACCAUCACUUCCAUACCUAUAUGUAAAUUAUCUUUUAAUUGUUCAUUAUCAUACCAUUAAUACCAUAGAGAUGAAAUCAUGAUACAGUAUUGGGGAGGCCCUAAUACAUUCAGGCUUAGUUUAAGUAAAAGUUGAUGUUGAAUUUCACAGAUUUUUGUAUUAAAAAAUGAGCAUUGUUAGGUUUUUUAUUGUUCUGUAUAAUAUAGUUCUUUAAAAUCAAGUUGUAGCAAAAAAGGAAGAAAAGCAGUGUACUCACCAUGGCACUGUAAAGUGAAAUAGGUCAACAUUGGGUAAAUUGCCAUGAAAUUUGGUGCACAGAUUCAUGGUCCCCUCAACUAAGGCGGUAAACAGUGUUAACACUUUUUUGGGAAAUGUGACAUUUAACCUUAUGUUUAGGAGUUACAUUUGAAAGAUUAAAACUCAAUCAGCUCUGCAUCCAUUUCAAAUCAUUCAGUAUUUGGUUUCUAAAAGCGUCAACAUUUCGUCAGGCCCCUGUUUUUGGUUUCUCAGUCACAUUGUAAGGGCGUCACUUCUUUAUUCUUUUUGGAAAUGAAACUCCCUCCAUUCUUUCAUAUGCUGCUGCUUUCUGUAAUAUUUCCUGCUACAAUACAAACACCAUGUAUUUCUAGCCGUGGGAUUCAGCACUCCCACUCUUGUUUAUAAGUAGUUUUUGUGGACGGACCGCAUUGGUUUCUCCUCAGCACUUUACUGCAGCAAACAUAGUGUUUUUAAUUGGAGCCAAACAUUCAUGUUUUCAAAUGGAAAAAGUAUAGACUUUAGACAUAUAUCCUGUUUGAUUUCCUCAUCGUUUUCCUCUUCCCUUUUGUGUCUCACUCAUCUCCCCCGCCGCCCACCACCCGUAUAACCCAAAGCACCUCAUAUUUUCCUGUCAGCACCAAUCAAACCGCGCGCACACAUACACACACACAAUCCCCUGAGUGUCCUCUGCACACACACACACACACACCAGCAGCCAUCUAAAUUUUCACUUCCUGAAUCUGAACCUGAACCACAUAGCUCAAAGUCUUUGAGGAAAAACAUGCCUCAUCCCUCCCCCAUCACCCCCACACACUUCCCUGCCCCGAUUCCUUUUUUUCUAAAUGUCAAAGUUUAUUACCACCUCUUGUGAAGUCUUCUGAAGAAGUUUUCUGUAAAAUGAUGACGUAUGCAAUGCCUGGACAUUUAUUUUUUAAUAUUCCUUCUCAACUCACUCAUCAUAAAUGUUGAAUAAACUUUUUUGUGUUGUUUUA